GUGGUGCCUUACAUCUAUUAUGUGCUUCGAGUUCGAGUUUGAGAUGGGGUUCUGCGCUAAAUAGUUGAAUCGCCCCCUGGUUGUCCUCGAAGAUGGGGAUGCACGGCAUGACGACCUGCGGCAACAUGAAACGCCAAAUCUGCCUCAAAAACAAAAUCUCCUUCACUUCGUCACCUAGCGCGACGUACUCUGCUUCGGUGGUCGAAAGCGUGACACACUUCUGCGUUCUGGAAAACCAAGACACAGCGCCUCCUCCACACGUCACGAUCCCCCCUGAUACCGACCUACGGUCUGCUGCCUUGCUUGCAAAGUCCGCAUCAGCGUACCCCUGCAAGCUUAAUCCCUCCACCGUAGUCUACCUCUCUGAAACGAAAUACCAAAGUGACUCGUCCUCUCCUACCCCCAUCAUCGGUGCUCGUCGUCCAUUACCCCUUCCUCCGCCCCCCCCUGCACUACCACUUCCUUGUGUUUCCCGUCUAGCUCUGCCACUGCCUUGACCUAUGCUUGCUGCUCCGACGGCCGCCGCCGCCACAGCCGCAGGUUGAGCUAUCGUCCCCCCUGUAACGGCACCUGCCGUGCCUCCUGCCGCAGCUGUUGGUCGAGUUUCAGCACAGGGACUAGAACUUGCAGUGCCGCCUCGUCCUCGUCUUUGUUCCCCUUGUAACGCCGCCGCCCCAGCCGCUAGUAGCGGUGCCGGUGGUUGAGGAACAGGUGCGGUAGAUGGUGGUGGGCUUGCUGACGUUACUCCUGCUGUUGCCGCUCGUGUUGUUGCUGUUGCGGCUGCUGGUGAUGUUGCUGUUGGUGCUUGUGGCAUUCCUGCUGUUACUGUUGCAGCUGGUUCCUCUUAUCGAAUACUACUGUCCCUCCUGCUUCCGGCCCCUCUGUUGCUGCAACUACCUCUGAUGCCGCUGCUCCUACGGGACGUUCUCUGCGAGCUUUCCCCUUGCCUUUCCCUUGGAAGACGGCGACUGGGUUGAAGCGGUUGCGGAGUUAUUUGAUGCCCCACGAACGACAUGUACUGCCUGGCUCGUACUGCCUCUUCCGACCUCAGAUAUCGUCGUCGGUGUACUCCUCUCACCCGCACUUUCCUCGUCGUUGGUAGCACCUUCGGAACUGACUCGCUGACGCUUCCGUGUUGUUGUGUCUGCCCACCCCAUGACCGUACGGAAAGCUGCUGCCUGCCGUGAUUGGUUCUCGUCGUCGCUCUUUUUCUCUGCGUUUGAUUUCGUCCCGGGCUUUUUUGCUCCAGCCGCAGGCGUUGAUCCUUUCCUGCGACCCAUGGUAAAUCCUCUGUGGUGCUGUGCGUGUGCUGUGGGUUGUACGUGUGUGUGCUGCGGUGAGAGAGCUGUGUCCUUUCUCUCUGCGC